CGGGCUAUUUUUUUUUCUUUCUUUCUUUGUCUCGCCCAGUGGUGUCGGAGUUCCCAAAGGCUCGUUGUUCCAGACGCCCCUAAUUUAGAUCUUCUCGAAAUAACUUUUUUUUUUCAUCAACUCAUUAACACUCAUCUCCUUGAUGGCUGUUUUUUUUUCUCGAUGUGUAGUGGACCGGUGAACGGUUAGGUGGAGCGAAAACCACUCUUCAGACUGAAGAUUUUCAACAAUUGGAGAACGAAACGGAAGCACGUCGUACCGGGUUUGAAAAGGUUCAUGAUGCCACGGUCCUGAUGCAUGCGCAGUUAUGCAAGAAGAAACCGUCUCCGGAAGAUGGUAAAACGAAAUGCUCCCCCAUGGCCGCCGUUGCGAACUGCUGGAUCAGCCACGGUAGUGCCUUUCCGGAAGAUUCAGCUUUAGGAGUUGCAUUGGUAAAUUACGGCCAAGCCGAGUCCCAAAUUUCAAUGUUGGGCGAUGAAUUUGCAAAUCAAGUCAAAGACGGUUAUAUGGCUACCCUGGAACGUGGACUACAAGAAUAUAAAGAAUACUUGUCACUGAAGAAGAAACUGGAAUCACGUCGGUUGGACUAUGAUGCUAAACUGAGCCGUCUCCAGAAAUCCAAAAAGGAAAAGCCCGAGUUGGAACAGGAGACUCAGGCAGCCAAAAUCAAGUACGAAGAAAUUGAAUAUGACAUCAUCCAGAAGAUGGCCUAUCUUCAAGAAUACGAGGAUGAACACUUUGAAGCGUUGACGCAGCUAUUGGAAGCGCAAUAUGCCUAUUUCAGUAAAUCGGCCGAUCUAUUGAAUGAAGUGCGUUCCACGUGGGGUCAAGGUGUGGCUUCGGCACCGAUUGCUCGUAAUAUGAUGCAUACAGUGUUAUCGAGAACCUCGAGCUCUCAUUCAGCCAUCGGUGGGAUCGGUGGCAUCGCUCCAGUGGGCCGUUCGAGUCGCCAAGGCAGUAUGGAUGACUACUUUGGCCAAAACAACGAUGUCUCCAGCCACGGAUCACGAUCGCCUGGUAGUCUGCAACAACGUCGCCCUAGCAGCCGUAAACCUAGCUCCGACAGUCUUAGUGUAGGUGGCCCACCUCCAAGACGCAUUCCCAGUCGCACCUCCCUUCGAAGCAACCAUAACAACAACGAUGAUCUCAUGUCGUCUGGAUCCCGUCUUACCCCUCCUACCAUUCCUCGACGUCAAUCUCAAGCAUCGAUUGGGACCAAAAAACGACGCAAGGCCGUGUAUGAUUUUGAGGGAGCAAGUAGCGAUGAGUUGUCAUUUGCGACGGGGGAUAUAAUCACUGUCAUUGAUGAAGUGGAUGAAGGAUGGUGGUUGGGUGAGGUGGAUCACGGCGGUGCAACGAAACGUCAAGGUAUUUUCCCGGUGAAUUAUACCGAAGAAUUGGUCGCUCCACCUAUGCCUGCCCGUCCAUCCACUUCCACCAGUCAUACCUCCCAGAUUCAAGAAUAUCCUGUGGAGGAAGCCAUGGCCGAAACCGAGUCGCCUUUUGCUGAUCAUAUGACCAAUGGAAACACCGAUUACGGUUAUCAGCAGUGUCAUCAUACACCUACACGGACGUUAUCGACUCACAGUUAUACCAGUGCCGCCCCAUCACCACCUCCAUCCAGCUCGCUUCCGCGUGGCAACUCUGGUGUUCCCGUGAAUCUGGCUUCCAAACCGAGCAUGCGAACACCUCCACCACCUCCAGCGGCGCGUCAACGUAGCAUGUCCAACACACCCAAGCUCGUUCGUACUGCUCCUCCUACGCCGCAAUCACGAGCCGCCCCAGAUUACUUCCAAGCAUCGCCUGUCGCACAACCGGAUUGUCAAGACUGUGGGUGCAACGACUUUAGCGCUAAUCUUUUCAAAAAGGGCCACUGUAACAACUGCUUCCACAAACACUUUUAAAAAGAAAAACAAAAAGAAUCGAUUUAGAACAAUUUUGUGCAACAUUGACCAUAAUCGCAAAUGCACUCAUCCAAUUGUGUCACAAUGUAAACAUUAACAUUGAUAUAACAAAGCAUUCCCUCACCCCUCCUCUUUUUCCUUUUUCCCGCUCAUUAAAGAAGAAGGCCCAG